CGACUGUUCCCGUGUGCAUAUAUGUAUGUUCUCGACCUCUGAGUUGAGAAACAGCCACAAACGUGAGUAAGCAAAGGCAAGCAUAGCAGAGCACUUGAUAUACAACAUUACACAUGGCCGGGGAAGAUAACAGAGCAGCUGAGCUCCCUCAAGAACCUUUACCAAGAUCGUUCGACAGUCUACUCGGAGGAAACCGAGGGAGAAAAACAUGGCCAGAGGUGGUGGGGAUGACAGGGGAAGAAGCGAAGAAACAGAUAGAGGAAGAAAGUCCAGGAAUAAGUGUUCAUAUAGUUCCACAAAAUAGCUUUGUUACCAUGGAUUUUAGGACCAACCGUGUUCGGGUUUACGUGGACUCUUCUGGGAAAGUUGCAAAUGCUCCCAAAGUUGGCUAGCUCAACAUUUUCAUAGUAAUGCAUCAAUUUAAGGUUAAACUCUAAAAUAAAAUUGUUUGAUGUGUGUAUCGAUCUUCGAUCUUGUUAUAUAGAGCCUGUUUGGCUGUAUUUAAAAUAAGUUACUUAUGACUUCUGUGUAUUGUGGCUUUUAGCUAAUUGUGAAAAUUGUGACUUUAAGCUGAA